CGUGAGUCCCACGAAGAAGUUCGAGUGAAGAAGGAACAAGGAGAUCAAGCGUCUUCGGAGUCGGGAUCGACGACGACGCUGCUGAAUGAAACAAGAUCCACGGAUCGGCAGAGUGCAAGGAGGACCUCUGUCGGCGGAACCGAGGUGGAUCCAGACAUGGAUCCAGAAGAGAAACCUCAACCUCCUCCACACGUCCCUUCGGGGACCCCGGUGGAUCGUGACGAAAGUCAAGAUCCACUAACAAAACAAACCAAGGCCGGCCAGGACCGGUAUGCAUUUGCUGACUCUCCAGUCAAACAAGAACCCUACAUCUUCCGUCCAGACAAGCCCCAGACGACGGAGACCGCCACGAGAAGGAAGAUGAAGGCCCCGGAUCUGGAGGACGAAGAUCCAGAAACCCCGGCCCAGGAUGGAUCCGAGGCAUCAUGGCUCCGUCAUCGCGAGAAGCAACUACGCAGCUUUCUGACAGUGGAUCCAAUUAUGCAGAAGUUUGGUGUGAAGCAGAUAGGAGCCCUGCAGGGACCCCUGACACUUCCGGCAGCUGUUAAGCGUCCAAGAAUCUUGCCCGAGAUGGAACGCCUGAUGCAGCUGCUGAGGGAUGCCGGUCUCGUGGCUGGAGCGUUCGACGCGUCAGUGAUGUACGAGAUCGAUCCAAUCCAACUCCGUGCCACGACGGAGAUGUUGUUGAACCGGCUGAAGGUGAUGGUAGGCGAGAUCCAGCCGAAGCCGGAUCCCGCAAUCCCGGAUCCAAGAUCACUACAAGAUGGAUCCACAGGAGGUCGGACGUCGUCACCUUAUGUGUCGGCUGCAGAGCUUGGGUCGGACACGUCUUCGGAGCCGCGACGCAUGUCACUUGGACCAUCGGGAGCCUCGAUGCUACGCGCCCGAGCCCAGAUCCAACGCGAAUCGAGUCCUCAGCCCCGAUCCCAGCCUCGAUCCAAGAAGCAGUCAGCUCCAUCAGUGGAUCCAACAGCGACGACAUCAGGAUCCGACAUGUCGACUAGCAGGUUGGAGUCGUUCUUCCAGGCAGCUAUGAACAGGUUAUUGAAGGAGCAGGGAGCUUUAACCCCAGCCAUGACACCGAGGGCGGUUCAGAAUCACGAUUCCCAAGAUGUCGAGAUGGAGUCCACUGGAUCAUCGAAUCCGGACCCACACUGGGAGUCCGACCCUGACGACAUUGACUUCCCGGCCCCAGCGCGCGCUACAGUAGCCACCACCGCGACCGGAUCCACAGGUUCAGCCCUGAUCCAACGAGUCCGGAUCUCGGCGUCUCGGAUCUGA